UACCACGGUUAAGCGGUGUUUGGUGCAGCUGCUGUUCAUGCUGCUCAAGUGGUUUGGUAGCACUCUUUUAGUUAUUUCUCUUUCAAUCACUCGUCGCCUGCACUGCAUUUCCUGCUCUUCUUCCCUUCCAUUUUCCGGCCAUUCGUCGAUGUUCAGCAGCGAAUGGAGUUGUAGUUAGUAAGUUUGGGGAUAUUUCUGUUUCCAAGUGGUUCAGUAAUUUCAGGAGGUCGGAAUCAGCCGGAAGGUCAUGGAAUCGGAGUCGCCGCCGCAGCUGGAUCUGUUUGCGAUGUUGCUGACGAAUAUUGACGUUUUAAUGGCGAUUACUACUUCCUUCGCGGUGCUCUUAGGGUGUGUGGUGGUGUGGCGGUGGCUCGGUGGAUCCAGGGAAAAACUGCCGGCGGAGCUUCCGAAAAAGAAGGCGGCGGCGGCGGUGGCGGAGCGGGAGGAAGAUGAUGGAAAGCAGAGAGUGAGUGUAUUUUUUGGGACGCAGACUGGCAAUGCUGAAGGCUUUGCUAAGGCAUUUGCUGAGGAAGCAAAGUCUAGAUAUAAUCAGGCUGCUUUUAAAGUUUAUGACUUGAAUGAUUAUGCAGCUGACGAUGAUGAGUACGAGGAGAAGUUCAAGAAGGAGACGCUAGCAAUUUUCUUCAUGGCCACAUAUGGGGAUGCUAUUCCAACUGAUAACGCAGCGCGAUUCUAUAAAUGGCUUAUUGGGGGGAAUGAGAGGGGCGAAUGGCUUAAUAAUCUCAAAUACGCCGUAUUCGGGUUAGGGAACAAGCAGCAUGAACACUUCAAUAAGGUUGGAAGAACGGUAGAUGCAUCGCUAGCUAAGCAAGGAGCAAUACGGCUUCUGCCAGUCGGACUUGGAAACGAUGAUCAAUGCCUCGAAGAUGACUAUUAUGCAUGGCGCGAGUUAGCGUGGCCCGUGUUAGAUAAGUUGCUUCGAAGCGAGAAUGAUGCAGAUGUUUCUACUCCGUACACUGCCUCAAUUUUGGAAUACCGUGUCGUGUACCACGACACCAGAGAUGUGUCCAUUUCGGAGAAUGGCGUAGCGAAUGGCCAUGAUUCUCAACAUCCCUGCCGAGCCAAUGUAGCUGUAAGAAAAGAGCUUCACACUCCUGCAUCCGAUCGUUCGUGUACUCAUCUGGAGUUUGACAUAUCCGGCGCUGGACUUUCGUACGAAACAGGGGACCAUGUCGGCGUCUACUGUGAGAAUUCAAUCGAAGUCGUGGAAGAAGCCGAGAAGUUACUAAAUCUCCCCCCAAAUGUAUUCUUCUCACUUCAUGUCGAUCAAGAAGACGGUAAUCCACUCGCCGGAGGUUCAUUGCCGACUCCAUUCCCUCCAUGCACCUUAAGAACAGCUCUAACUCGAUACGCAGAUCUUCUGAAUUCUCCGAAAAAGUCUGUUCUACUUGCCUUAGCUGCAUAUGCUUCGGACCCUGCUGAGGCAUAUCGACUCAGAAAUCUUGCAUCCCCCCGUGGAAAGAAAGAAUAUCAGCUGUAUGUAACUGUAAGUCAGAGAAGUCUACUUGAGGUCAUGGCAGACUUCUCUUCGGCUAAGCCUCCGCUCGGCGUUUUCUUUGCAGCCAUCGCUCCUCGCCUGCAGCCUCGAUUUUAUUCCAUUUCAUCCUCCCCAAAGAUUGCGCCAUCCCGAAUCCACGUCACGUGUGCUUUGGUUUGCGAAAAAACACCCACGGGUCGAAUCCACAAGGGCGUCUGCUCGACAUGGAUGAAGAAUGCCGUGCCUUUGGAUGACAGCCUCGACUGUAGUUCGGCUCCAAUCUUUGUUCGCACAUCUAAUUUCAAACUCCCGACCGAUCCUAAAGUACCAAUCGUAAUGAUUGGCCCCGGCACCGGCUUGGCUCCGUUUAGGGGAUUUCUUCAGGAACGAUUAGCUCUAAGGGAAGCCGGAGCUGAACUCGGCCAAGCCAUGUUAUUUUUCGGAUGCAGAAACCGAAAAAUGGAUUUUAUUUAUGAAGAUGAGUUAAAAAGAUUUGUCGAAGAUGGAAUUCUUUCCGAGCUUCUGCUUGCAUUUUCGCGCGAAGGACCUUCCAAGGUAUACGUGCAACAUAAGAUGAUUGAAAAGGCUUCGGAUAUUUGGAAAAUUAUCUCCGAUGGAGGCUAUGUUUAUGUCUGUGGCGACGCUAAGGGCAUGGCACGCGAUGUCCAUCGAACUCUACACACAAUUGUGCAAGAACAGGGUGUGCUAAGCGGUUCCGAAGCCGAGAGCUUCAUGAAUAGUUUGCAAGUGAGCGGAAGAUAUUUACGCGAUGUUUGGUGAGCAAUGUUCGAUCGAGAAACAUGGUCUACGUGCUAAGUUAUGAUUCUAUGAACUAGGCAAAUUACGUCUGAAUUGUUGUAUUAACGCGAGGUAUGGUGUUCCACGUACUUUUUAAUUUGUAGUUGUUAUGAGAAAACGAAAAAGAAAGCAAAUAAAGAACACAGAGGUUUUACGUGGUU